UUUUUAGUACCAUCGAAAUGAUGGCGCUUUCGCGUCGGAGUUCGGCUUCCACUCCAGCAUCCUCUUAAGAAAGGAGACGGAAAUAGUAUGUCUGCUCUUUCUAGUGUCCGAAACGUGGAGCUCACAUGUACGUGGCUUACGCAUGUGUGCGGUAUUCUCUUUCUCAUGCUGUUUGUUGCUUGCAUCUCAAAUCUGAUGUCAAAUUGAUUAAAAUGUGAUUGAUACUGAAAUAUGAUAUAGGAUAUUUUUUCCCUAAACUUGAUUGUAAAUUUAGAAACAAUGUUGAAACAAUUUGUAGAACGAUGGUUUGGAGUAAAAAACAAGUAUCAAGCUCAACAAGCAAAGCGAAAACUUUCAAUAUUGUAUGCUUUUUUAGGAUGGAAUUGUUUUGGUAUUGGAUUCUACUACUUAUUAAAAGAUAAAAUACCAGAGAAUAAAUCAGAAAGAAGAGAAGUAUAUUCAAAGUUAACUGGUACAUCUCAAAAUGUACAUGUAUACCAAAUCACAGGCAUGACAGUUAAAAAGGAGUUUGACUUGGUAUUUGACAAGAUGGUCCAGGAAAAUAAAGAGGCUAAAGAAAAAGAACAGACAACUGUUGCAACAUAGAAUUAGAUUUUUACCUAUACUCUUCAUAACGCAUCACGACCUCCUCCAAUUCCUGUUUGUAUAGUCUAGUCAGCAUGGCGUUGAAGCAGUCCAGUUCGGGCAAGCGAAACAAUUCCCAGCGCAGUUUGCGAUCCAGGGCUAUUGAAGCCCUGCUGUACACGUACAGCCAAUGUGGUAUCUCCUCAUUGAGAUAGGGAUUGGCUGGCACCAGGACG